AUGGCUAUCACAUCCGACGUGGUGAACUUCAUCGCCGGUCUUGUCAUGAUUCCCCUCUCAAUUUUGGAACAUUCUCGGUCACUCCGACCGUCGAUCCUACUUGGGAUCUACCUCCUCAUCACCCUUAUUUUUGAUCUUGUUCAGUUGAGGACGCUAUGGCUCUCAGUAGAAUCUGAUACCGACUACCGGCAAGCCUAUCUCUCGGCCGCGACGGUCGUCAUCAAAGCUGCAGCUUUGGUACUCGAGUCUUUUCAGAAACCCCUGGCAUGGCACCUUGAACAGAAGCCACGAAGCCCAGAAGAAACAGCCGGUAUUUUCAAGCUUGCAACAUUCUCUUGGCUAAACGGGCUGUUUCUCAAUGGCUUCCGCAACCUCCUCACCGUCCGCGACCUGUAUCUGCUCGACGAAGCCAUGACCGCCGAAGUCAUGUACGCUAAAUUCGAACCACGUCUGCAAAAGAACAUUAGCCUAGGCCGCAAGCAUGCUCUCCUCAGGAGUCUUCUUGGCACACUCAAAGUACCCUUUUUCCUACCUGCGGUGCCACGGCUCUGCCGCAUAGGGUUCCUGUUUUGCCAGCCUUUUCUAAUUGAAAGCCUGUUGAAGUACCUUCAGGAACCCGAUGGCCAUUCAUCGCCUAGCAAGGGGUAUGGAUUCAUUGGCGCCGCGACAUUAACUUACGUCGGCCUGGCUGUGUCACAGUCCACAUACUCCUACUUACUCGGCCGUUCCCUCUUCAUGAUGAGAGGAGUCCUUGCCUCUGUUGUUUACCGCUACACAACAACACUAAAGCUCUCCGCGGCGGAUGAUUCAACGGCGCUAACACUCAUGAACACCGAUGUAGAGCGUUUCCAGAUUGGUAUAGGAUUCUUCCACGACUACUGGGCGAACCCUACCGAGAUUGCGAUCGCAUGCUGGUUACUGCAAAGACAAAUUGGCGCGGCCUUUUUAGCUCCCAUUGGUCUCAUAGCAGCAUGUGCCGCAGCCGCGUUACUGCUUUCCAAGUUUAUCAUCCAGCGCCAGAUAGUAUGGAUGCAGGCCAUUGAGAAGCGAGUCGCCGUGACCUCCAAAGCAAUCUCAACCAUGAAGGCGCUGAAAAUUUCCGCCAUGACCGGCCCUGUAGAGAAGUCUAUACUGGGGCUCCGGCUGCGUGAGCUUCGUGACGGUGGGAGGUGGCGCACGACGCUCGGCAUGGUAGUAACGAUUGCCUUCGCGCCCACCCUGCUAGGGCCGGUCGUGGCAUUUGCUACUACAUCUUCUGUUCUCGACGUCGCCCGCAUUUUUACAUCCAUGGCUUACUUGGUGCUUCUAGCUAGCCCAUUGGGGAUGCUCUUGCAAUCCUUUGCCAUGUUUGUCGGGUCACUUGCCUGCGCGGGUCGCAUACAAGCUUACAUUGAAAAGGAAGCACGCGUUGACUUCCGCAAAACAUUUGACCCUAAGAAACCUGCAGCGCAGCAUAACGGGGCUCUUGUUUCUGAUUCAAAGGCCACAGCUAUUAAAGUCGUACAAGGCUCCUUUGGUUGGGAGGAAGAGAAGAAUAUCCUGGAGAAAAUCAAUCUUGAAAUUCCUGCGUCCUCGCUGACCAUCAUCGUUGGACCUAUAGCGUCAGGAAAGUCAACGCUGUUGAAGGCGCUCCUUGGGGAGACAACCUUUCAUUCCGGGGACGUGAUCUUUGGGGCCAACAACCGCAGCAUAGGCUACUGCGACCAGUCUCCUUUUCUUUACAACAACACCGUGAAAGCCAACAUCAUCGGCCACUCCGCCUUCGAUCAAGAACGCUAUGAUCAAGUAAUAAAGGCUGCAAUGUUAUCGGCCGACCUCGCUACGUUACCCAAGGGAGACGGCACAAAGAUCGGGAGCAACGGUGUGACUUUGAGCGGCGGCCAAAGACAGCGAGUUGCCCUCGCGCGCGCCCUCUAUGUAGACACCGAGCUUCUACUUUUCGACGACGUUCUUAGUGGUCUUGAUGCCAACACGGAGGAACACGUCUUCCGCAGUGUCUUCGGCCCCAACGGUAUAGUCCGCUCAAGGGGCGUGACGGCAGUACUUUGCACCCACUCGGUUCGACACCUACCAUCGGCCGAUCACAUCAUCGCUCUCGGCGCGGAUUCCACCGUGGUAGAGCAAGGGACUUUUGCCGACCUCAAGGGUAACGGCAAAUACAUCCAGAGCUUGAAAGUACAAGAAGCGGAAGGCGCCCCCAAAGAAACCAAGGACACAGAUGCCCCUGAAUCUGACCCCUUGACGCGGACCAAGACUGCAGGUUCCAUUACGACAGACGGUCCAGAUGCAUCGCGGCGGGUAGGCGACUUUUCCGUCUACAAAUACUGGUUCGGCACAAUGUCGAAGCCGGUAAUCGCGGCGUUUUUGUUCUGGAAUUGCGGCUACGGUGCCACCUACGCCUUCCCAACAGUAUGGCUCAAGUUCUGGUCCGAAGACAUCACGUCACCGCAUCCAACACACUCAUGGUCAUAUUACAUGGGAAUUUACACACUCUUUGAGUUCUUGUGUCUGUUUUGCCUGGGCAUGGCUGUUAUCACUUGCUUGCGGCCAAUGAUCUUCCAGUCAGGGGGGGAACUUCACAAGCAUGCUCUCCGUACGCUUAUUGGCGCGCCCCUGAGGUAUUUGACUGUGACAGACGCGGGCACGAUGACCGGCCUGUUCGCUCAAGACAUCACCUUGAUAGAUGGCGAGCUGCCCAUGUCUUUUAUCAACUUCUGCCUUGGCUUCUUCACUUCAUUGGGUAUGGCGGCUGUCAUUUUGACCUCGUCGCCUUGGAUGGGCAUCUCCUACCCGCUUCUCGUCGGAUUGUUGAUCUUGGUCCAGAUGUUCUACCUUCGAACAUCGAGGCAGUUACGAUUGUUGGAUCUUGAAACCAAAAGCCCCCUAUACUCUCACUUCAUGGACACCCUCAAAGGCUUGGCGACCCUUCGAGCCAUGGGGUUCAUCUCUGCCGAUAUCUCAGUCAACAAUGAACUCGUCGACACCAGCCAGAGACCCGCCUUCCAUCUCGCCCUGAUACAGGGCUGGCUGGCGUUCAUGUUGAGGGCCAUCGUCGCCGUCAUCGGAAUUGCCGUGGUGACGCUGGCAACCCAACUUCGAGCGAACUCGGGUUACACAGGCGCGUCUCUUGUGACUAUCAUGUUGCUAAGUGACGCUCUGACGAUGCUUUCGGCCGCCUACACGUCCGUCGAGACAAGCAUCGGAGCCGUGACUCGCAUCAAAACAUUCCAGUCAACAGUCAAGCCGGAAUCGGGUCCUGAGGAGGACGUGAUUCCCAAGGAGAACUGGCCGGAGAGAGGAGCCAUAGAGAUCAAGGCAGUCUCAGCUUCGUACGAUGCACCCCGGGAUGCGGAGGACGCCGCAUCGCCCAAUAAUCUGGCUCUUCGCGAUCUGAAUCUCACCAUCAAUCCCGGCGAAACAGUGGCUGUGUGUGGGCGGACGGGAAGCGGCAAGUCGUCUCUCGUCCUCCUGCUCCUCCGGCUGUUGGACCCCAUGCCGGAUUCCACGGGUGGAAUCACCAUAGAUUCGGUUUCAGUGGACAAGGUCAACAGAGAUGCACUGCGCAAGCGCAUAAUCGCCGUCUCUCAAGACCCAAUCUUCCUCCCAGACGGCGCUAGCAUUCGUAGAAACCUCGAUCCGUCCGGAGAAUCAGACGAGGCGGAUUGCAAGAGCGUCCUAGAGCUGGUCGGGCUGCUCCCGGCAGUUGAAGAACGGGGCGGCCUCGAUGUCGCGCUCACAGCAGAAUCGUUCAGUGCCGGUCAGAGACAGCUGUUUUGCCUCGCGCGCGCUGUUGUUCGCCGGCGCGUGAGGAGCCGGAAGGGCGCUCAGGGUGGCAUUCUGCUUCUCGACGAGGUCUCUUCCAGCGUCGACCGGGCCACCGAGAUACAAAUGCACGAGGUCAUUCAGCAUGAGUUCAGGAGAUACACCGUCAUAAUGGUGUCUCACCGGCUGGACACGGUUAUGGAUUGUGACACGAUUGUGGUUAUGGACAAGGGCCGCGUGGCGGAGAAAGGGGAACCGAGUGUGUUGAGGGAGAAGAGGGGCGGCAUGUUUCGUGAGCUUUGGAGCAAGAGCAAGACUACGGAGGAAUAA